AUGAAUAGCUAUAAGUCAAAAGUUUAUAUUAUUUUUGCCUACUGGAUUUUUGCAAUAGCCGGAAUAAUAACAGAAAUAAAUUUAACAAAAGAAUUAAUGGCUCUAUUAACAAAUUUAUCACCGAAUAAGCUAUUAGAAGCAGUAUGCAUUUAUCAAAUGUUAUAUACAAAGCUAUUAUCUUUACUUGAAGUUUCUUAUGUAGCCAAACUUUUUUUUAGUCAAGAUAUUAGUACCUUGGUACAGAUUUUUAUCGUAAAAUUAAUUAAUAUACUAAUUUGGCUUAUUUUGGGACUACAGUUUAGCAUAAAUUUUUAUUUCUACUUUCAUGUUAUUAUAGCUUUCAUUUCCCUCUGCCUUCUAUUUUGCAUCUCUUAUUUUGAGUACAGUUCAAUUUAUAAAAAUUACAAUCGUCGCAUCAGCUAUGAUCCUGCAUUAAUAUCAAUACAUAUAUUUCUUCAAAUUGUUAAUGCUAUACAAAAUGCAACCAAAUUCUUUUUAGUGAUGCGUAUCAUAGUUGAAAUAUAUAUCAAAUAUUUUGAUACAUAUUCUAUUUAUACUUUUUUUAAGUUUUUGACAAUUUUUAUUGUUGAAACAUAUGAAAAAAGAGAAGAAAAGAUUGCCCAUAAGGUUAGAGCAUAUACUAUUUUAUAUGUGUUUUUUACAAUAGGUAGUACUGCAUCAAUAACAAGUUUAAUGUUAAAUCAUGAAGUGACUCAUCACUUUAUAAGUUUCAAUUUUGAACUACUCACAUUGACCAACUUUAUUCUUCUUUUGAUUUGUUCAUUUAAAACAAAGAAUGUCUACACAUAA